AUGCGUAUGGCUACUACAGACAAGGUGGGCUUGGACAGUGCAAUCGAGUACAAAUUAGGCUGGACUUGGCAAUUUCAAUAUCAUGUUUGGAAAAUAACAGGCUACCCACUCUGUACCGGCUGUGUGCCCCGAGGUGCUCAAGUCUGGUGUCACUCAGGAAUGGAAUGGAAGAACAAGGUUGUGAAAAAGGAUGUCGGGGUGAAAAGGAUGGUAGGAGUCUUCGGCACCCCCACGUCAAAAGCGACCGAGCAGAAGGCUUUUAUAGACUCUUUAUUUGUUCAUGAUAUUCCUCUAAUGUAG